AGCUUUUACUCCCAUCGAUACAUCCCUUUUGGAAAACACUAAGCAGCUCCUCAAUUUCAUCUCCUUCCGGCGACGAUGUCUAUUUACAGGAUCGCUAGAGCUUUGCCCUUCUCGGGGCUCUUCAGGCAACUCGAGCAAGAAGCCGAAACUGUGAUCAAUGUUCUGCAACCUGGCCCAUUGGGAAUCAUAGAACACAAGUUCACAGCUCAAGAGAUUCGCGACGCAAAAGCUACAGUGUGUAGAGCAGUUGAGAACUGGCGGAGACACUCUAAGCUAGAGCAUGCUAAUGGCGUUUUGAAUGAUUACAUCCAUAAGUGAGUGACUCUCUCUACUUUUUGUGUUCUUCGUUUACAAGGCUGAUGAACAAAGGCCUUUUUCAAUUUGUUGAACAAUCCUUCGAGCUCAAUAAGAAAAGCAAAAUGUUUCUCUAUAUUAAUUGUGUGAUAUUGCAUUGCGGAUACUUUUUUUCCAGCUUACAUAGAUUGAUAUAACAAGUAUGGUGAUUGAGAAUACAAGUUCUUGAUCUUAGCACCAGGGUUGUGAGACUACAAACUUGCACUUGUUGAAAACAUAGCUGUGCAUGGUAGAAACCCGAAAAAAAAAACACAAAACAAGUAUGUAUUAUUCUCAUCUUAUUCUAUCCUAGCUGCAUUUGGACUUAAACCCAUAUGGCUCCGGCUCUUCUUAGCAAUGCGGCUAGUUGGUUCUUGACUUGGAGAGUCAUCACCUGGUUCGCACCACCGAUUAGCUGCUGCCCUAUGAACACGGCGGGUACACUGGGCUUACACCCCAUCUGUACCAAUGCCUUGUCGAUCUCCUGACCGUUGGACAACUGAUCAAGCUCGUAGACUGUCAUCUUUGCCCCGAAUCCUGAGAUGAGUGUCUGAAUUGAGUGGCUCAUGCAGCAAGAGCUUUUGCUGAAAAUCACCACCGGCUUGUCUGCAACUAAACUUCUAAUGCUUUCCAUUGGAUGUGUAUAGAUAGUAUGAGGAAUGUAGCACGGAUCCAGGACUUAGAGUGCUAGGGAACUCAAGGAUCUUUGUGGUUGUUUUUGCUUUGAUGUUAUGCAGAGUUAGCCUAUUUAUAGGGUUAGAUGUUUGGAGAAGGGUAAAAUUUGCAUAAGUCAGAUCUUUGUCACUACUUUACUUCUUUUGGUCCUUCUCCAGUGAUGUGCCCUUUGGGGUUCACUAAAAACUGCAUGAAUUUAGAUUCUUUCGUUUUCGACAUCAGAACCAAGUGGCA